AUGCUUCUCACUAGUGAUAGUGCUGCUUCUUGGAUACUAGAAGUUAUAACAAUAAAAUUGAAAGAACAUUUGCAAAUACAAUUAAAUGAACGACCGUCAAUUGAUGUAUUUCAAGUACCAAAUUAUGGCUCAAGAAUUAACUCAAUAGUUGGAACUUUUGUUGACCUUCCUAAGCAUGUAAUUCAACAAUUUGCUCUGAUGAUGAUUCUAUAUUAUGGUGGGCAAUUUGAUUUUACAAAUCUAGAUGACAGAGCAAUAGUAACUAUUGAGACUGAUUUUGAGAUUAUGUGCAACUUUACUAAUUUUGAGAUUUUUGAGGAAGCAGCUUUAUUGGAAGGAUAUGUUCAAACGCCUCUAAAUUUGGAAGCCAUCAAAAACUUUUUAAAAUAUAUGGCAAAUGCAUUAACAGUCCGAAAAUCAGAAAAAGAAAAUAAUAUCAAUGAAAAUGACAGUAAUAUUAAUUGGAAUUGGGAUGAAAUUAAUUGGCCGGAAAUAGGAAGAAAAUUAUAUAUUAUCUAUAAAAUGAAUAAAGAGACAGAGCCGUGUCAUUGGCCCAAAUACGAUUUUAUUAAAGACGUGAUUGAUAUACCUAAUAAAGAAUUUGAUCCUUAUUUUGAUAACACAAAAAGAGGAAAUAUCUCUGAUGAACAACUUAAUGCGUAUUUUAUAAGUAUAAAGAAGAGAAUACGUAAAAAUUUUGAUACCAUCAUUUGCGCAAAUGAUGAUAAAAUAAAACAUCAACUACGAUAUGCUACACAUCUAAAACCAUUAUUGGUUCCAUUAUGGCAUAGUCUUUCCGUUUCUCCUUUAGCAUUCCGAUAUAUCACUAAUUCUAUCUCAAAUUUUUAUAAUUCAUUUACCGCAAAGACUUACGUCAUCUCUUCUGGAUCAAGGCACGGUCAUCCAGAUGCUUUAGUUCUUGUUGGAAUUAUUAAAUCUGUCUUGGAAGAUUUAAAGGAGAAAGAGAGAAAAGCAAUGAUUUUAUUAACGAAUGGCUCGAAAGUUAAUAUCAAUUUAUUGGCUUCUAUGAUUGAUGAUUUAUUAGAAAAUAAAUCAAAUGAUAUCCAAAAACUCUUAAGUCAGCGCAUUAAGAUUUAUACAAUUAGUGAUAGCUCUUAUGAGGUUAGCGUUAAGCUUUCUAAUGGUGAAUUGAAUGAUGAUAAAAGUGCACAGCUUUUAAGAUGGGAUUCAAUAGGAAAAGAAGAAAUAAAAAAAGUCACUGAUAUACUUAAACGUAAUAAAAAUCUUCCAUAUAAACCAAUCAAUAAACAAAUCAUGCAUGAUAUAAAAAUUUCAAAUCAUGAUCAGGAUCCUCUUUGGCUUAAUGUUGAUGAGGAAGGUAACUUGGCACCAUCUGAUGUGCCUGUUUCAUUUUUGAUAUCUAUCAUGCCAUAUCCGGAUCAAAUCGCAUACCGAAUAUCGGUGUCUAACGACAAUAGCCAUUAUAAUUUUAUUGUCAAAUUUGAAUGGGUGAUCGAAAAUAAACACAAUGAAUUUUAUCUAAUAGAUUUAAAUACAGAGGAGGGCCUUUAUUAUGCCCUUGAUGAAUCUACACCAUCACCAAAGUUCAAAAAACAACCUAAUAACGAAGGUGCCGUAAAGUUCUGUUUCUCGGCAAAUGAUCCUACAAGCCCGUCAGUAAAUAAAAAGAGCGGUAAUACUUUAAGGAACUUUUUGGUAGAAUUAGGAGAACUUGAUGAAAAUAUAAAUUUAGUAAUGGAGAAUGCACUUAAUUAUAUAAUCGGCGCUUGUGAUGUUUGUAAUUUUAAAAAGGCAUUUAAAUCUCUUCCGAAUGACUACGCAGAUGUUUUAUCGCUCAAAGUGGAAUUGGAUUCAAAAGUUGAGUGGGAAAUUUCAGAAGACAAGUUGUUCGAUAUAAAAAAUGUUUCACUCAAGCCAAAAAAUGAAGAACUCAAAAAACUUGGUAAUUAUGUAGUAGCAAUGCAAAUAAUUAUCAGAAAUCCAAAGCUCAAUAAUAUGGAAAUUUCGAUGAAAAUUGAAUUAAAUGAUAAUGAAUCAGAAAGCACAUUAGAGUGGACACCAAAGUUAAAAGAUAUAUCUAAAACAAAACCUGUUUAUGACUACCUUUUAAAUACAGAUGUCCAACAAAAAAAGUGGAAAAAUCUGUCCUUUGUGACUGAGGCGAAGUUUUUUUUGGAAACCUUAGUAACAGGAAAUGUGUUAGACUUUCAACUUGAUGGAAUUCCGAUUUCAAAAGUAACUGAUGUUAAAAUUAAGAUUACCGAUCCAGGUGCUAUUAAUAGUAACCCCAAAAUUAUUAUUAAAGCUUGUGCAAGUAUUAGGGAUAUUAAAUCUGUUAAUAUAUUAACACAAAAUGAUAGCAUGCGAUCCUUCAUAAUGGAAUUUGAUGCUGGUACAACACUUACUCGAGUUGCAAAAGCAUUAAAUGCUAACGAAAAUACAUAUGACAAACUUAUUGUUCAUUUGUAUGAUAUGCCUUUGAAUAAUCUUUUAGAAAACAUUCAACCAGAAUUUAGUUUAUUAUUCUAUCCGGUAACAGAACCUCCGACAAUGGAUUAUAAACUUAAAAAUAUUCGCAUUUUUGCAAAUGGCUUCCCUGAAAUAAA